AUGGAUGAGCUCUUCGACGUCUUCGAUGCUGAGCCAUCAGCGCCAGCACAAAAUGCGGCCAUUCCGCGGCGCUCUAAGAAGGAAAAGAAAGACAAGAGCAAGAAGCGUCAAGUGAACGGAAAUGUCAAGGAAAAUGGGUCUCCAACAAAUGCGAAGAAGGAGGACAGCCCGGAAGACGAGGUCAUGGAGGACUCUAAACCAGCAGAUGAGGAACAGCCUGUUACCAAAAUCGAGCAGCCAGAGACAAAGCGACAACGCAUUGAUGAAGCACCAACGCCUCUGGUUGCCGAUGCCUUCGAAACUGAACAACAGGUCGAGAUAGCCGGCCGCGCUGGACUUCAAGAAAUUGUGGACGCCUCGUCAUUAGUCGUGUCACAUCAAGUUCGCCACGAAGUUUCAGUUCCUCCCGGGUAUCCCUAUGUGCCAAUCUCCCAGCAUAAGCCGCCAGCAGACCCCGCCAAAACAUAUUCUUUUACCCUUGAUCCUUUCCAGCAAAUUGCCGUUAAUUCGAUUCAAAGGGAUGAGAGUGUCCUGGUUUCGGCGCAUACCAGUGCGGGUAAAACAGUUGUCGCAGAAUACGCCAUUGCGCAAAGUUUGAAACAAAACCAGAGAGUCAUCUAUACCAGUCCAAUCAAAGCCCUAUCCAAUCAGAAAUACCGUGAGUUUGCAGCAGAGUUUGGCGACGUUGGCUUGAUGACUGGCGAUGUGACCAUCAAUCCCACCGCAUCAUGUCUUGUUAUGACUACCGAAAUUCUUCGGUCUAUGCUGUACCGCGGCUCCGAGAUCAUGCGCGAAGUUCAAUGGGUUGUAUUUGACGAAAUUCAUUACAUGCGUGACCAAAAUCGCGGUGUAGUAUGGGAAGAGACACUUAUUCUGUUACCUGAUAAGGUUCGAUACGUUUUCCUGUCUGCAACCAUUCCCAAUGCCAUGCAAUUUGCCGAAUGGGUCACAAAGAUGCAUAAUCAACCCUGCCACGUUGUCUACACCAAUUAUCGCCCAACGCCUCUCCAACAUUACUUUUUUCCCAACGGCUCCGAAGGCAUGCAUCUCAUUGUAGAUGAGAAGGGUGAUUUCCGAGAAGACAAUUUCGACAAAGCAAUGAGUACGAUUGCAGACAAGAAGGGCGCUGACUCAAAUGACCCGAAUGCUAAAAUGAAAGGAAAGGGCAAGGAUAAGAAAAUAAACAAAGGUGGUAACGAGGAGGUCUCUGAUAUUUACAAAAUCGUCAGAAUGGUUAUGGUGAAGAGCAUGAACCCGGUUAUUAUCUUCAGUUUCAGCAAGCGAGAGUGCGAAGCAGGCGCCCUCCAGCUAAAGAAACUCGCUUUCAACGACGAUUCUGAGAAGGAAAUGGUGUCUAAGGUUUUCAACAGCGCCAUUGAAAUGCUCUCACCUGAAGAUCGUGGCUUGGAGCAGAUCCAAAACAUUCUACCUCUUCUUCGAAAAGGUGUCGGUGUUCACCAUUCUGGUCUGCUGCCUAUCCUCAAAGAGGUUAUUGAGAUUUUGUUCCAGGAAGGUCUUAUCAAGGUUCUGUUUGCCACCGAAACUUUCUCCAUCGGUCUUAACAUGCCUGCAAAGACUGUGGUCUUUACUAGUGUUCGAAAAUUUGACGGCACAAGUCAGCGUUGGAUCACUCCUUCCGAAUUCAUCCAGAUGUCUGGUCGAGCUGGUCGAAGAGGUCUCGAUGACCGCGGAAUUGUUAUCAUGAUGAUUGGCGAAGAAAUGGACCCAGCAGUUGCCAAGGAGAUUGUGCGUGGUGAACAGGACCGACUCAACUCAGCAUUCCACUUGGGGUACAACAUGAUCCUCAAUCUGAUGCGUGUAGAGGGCAUCUCCCCGAACUACAUGCUUGAGCAAUGUUUUAAGCAAUUUCAAAACCAAGGAAAUGCUGCAAUUUUCGAAGAACAGUUAAAGCAACUGGAAGAGAAGAAGGCAGAAAUGGUCAUAUCUGAUGAAGGAACCAUUCGUGAAUACUACGACAUCCGAAAACAAUUAGAUCAAUUUGCUGAAGACGUUCGCUUUGUUAUUUCUCAUCCUAAUCACGCUCGCGCCUAUCUUCCGAGCGGUCGAUUGGUGCAUGUCAAGUUUCAAGAUCUGGAUUUUGGUUGGGGUGUUGUGGUUAGGGUCUAUCCACGAAAGUCUGCCAAGGACUCGAAGUCACCUAAGGACUCUUCAGAGAGGCAUUCUGAGCACCAAGAAUGGAUGCUUGAUGUGGUGCUCAAUCUUGCUGAGGGACCUCACAUUGGAACUAAAACAUUCCAAGAUCUUCCCACUGGUCUGCAGCCGGCUAAAAAAGGGGAAUCAAUUCGCACCGUCGUUGUCCCUAUGAUGUUCACCUGUCUCAAUUCUAUCUCCCAUGUUAGGAUUAACUUGCCUAAAGACAUUCAACAGCCUUCAACGCGUAAUAAUGUGAGGAGGUCUAUCGAUGAGGUCCACAGGCGAUUCCCCGAUGGUGUUCCUGUCUUUGAUCCUAUUGAAGACAUGGAGAUCACCGACGACAGUUUCAAAAAGCUUCUGCGGAAGAUUGAGGUUCUGGAGUCUCGACUUGUGGCUAAUCCCUUACACAAUUCCCCACGACUGGAAGAGCUUUACAGCGAGUAUGCCGAAAAGGUGGAGAUCGGCAACCAAAUAAAAGCGACCAAGAAGAAAAAGAGUGAUGCUGAAAAUGUCAUACAACUUGAUGAAUUGCAUUGUCGCCAGCGUGUGCUUCGUCGUUUGGAUUUCAUUCAAGGCGAUGUCGUCCAGUUGAAAGCUCGUGUUGCUUGUGAGAUUAGCACUGGUGACGAGUUGGUCCUUACUCAAUUGCUGUUUGACGGUUUCUUCAAUGAUCUUACGCCUGAACAAGUUGCCGCCCUGAUGAGUGUCUUUGUGUUCGAGGAGAAGGUCAAAGAGGCGCCUCCACUGCAAAAGAAGGAGCUAGCCGAACCCCUCAAGAAGAUUCAAGAACAGGCUCGGACCGUCGCCAAGAUUUCCCAAGAAAGCAAAAUCGCUUUGAACGAGGACGAGUAUGUACAAAGUUUCCACUGGGAAUUGAUAGAGGUGAUGUACGAAUGGGCACAUGGCAAGUCUUUUGCAGAAAUCUGUAAAAUGACCGAUGUCUACGAAGGUAGCUUAAUCCGUGUCUUCCGGCGGUUGGAGGAGUGUUUGCGACAGAUGGCACAGGCUGCCAAAGUCAUGGGCAGUGAGGACCUGGAAUCCAAGUUUGAGGCUGCGCUCUCCAAGAUUCGUCGUGACAUCGUGGCUGCCCAGUCCCUGUACUUGUAG